AUGACUAACAACCAGGUCAGGCCCGAACAACCCGAACCAAAUCCACAGCUCAAAAGUGGCAGCCCGUGCACCAUACAGCGACGAUCUACCCUUCAAGCGAAAAUCAGGCAGUUACUAAAACUCGGCUCGGCCGCAAUUGAGAGACCCCCUCGUUUCUCUGUCUACGCUAUUAUUUCGGAGUUGCGCCUGUCGGCACUGCCUGUGGCAAUUUGCCAACGAGUACUGGGUAGUGUUGUCCAGAGUUUCGUAGUUGGACGACGUGGUUGGGUGGGCGGUGGGUAG